GUAGUAAAGAAGCCAAAUAGCUGUAAAGCGGAAAAACAUAAUCGAGCAAAAUAACUCCAUGUGAGGAGGCUUCCCUUUCCCCCCCGUCCCUGAAAAAAAACACAAAAAACAAGAAUUACUCCCCUGCGUUGCAUGAAAAAUUGGCUAUACAAAAAAGCAAAGGCAUUUUGGUGAACUCCGUUCCAUGAUGAAACUUUUCCUAUUUUUAAAGCUAUUCGUCGUAUUGCUAAUUUUACGAAGAAACCCUGCCAACAUGUUUAGCUUCUUCAAAAAAAUAACCGUUUCGAAAGGGGAGUUGCGUCCCUCCAUUUAUGACUACAAUGUGAAGAAGCUGGAUGGAACAACUGUGCCGAUGUCUACUUACAAGAACAAGGUUUUGCUGAUUGUUAACUCGGCGUCCAAAUGCGGCUUAACGCGGAAGCAUGUGGAUCAACUUAACGAGCUGCACGAUCGAUUGAACGAGCGGGGAUUAGAGAUUUUGUCCUUCCCGACUAGCCAGUUCCUAAACCAGGAAUUUCCCAACACGUGCGACAUUUCCUCAUUCAACGAGAAAAACAAGGUCAAAUAUAACUUCUUCGCCCCGAUUGAAGUCAAUGGGGAAAACACACAUGAGCUGUUCAAAUUUUUGAAGGCCAACUGUGAUUCGAUGCACGAUAUGAAUGGACAGCUAGAAAACAUCGGCUGGAAUUUUGGAAAAUUUUUAGUUAAUAAGAGCGGAAACGUAGUCAGUUAUUUUUCCCCAAGAACUUAUCCCCUUGACAUUGAGAAGAACAUAACCGAAUUAUUGUAA